UAAUCCAAAUACUAUGCUUGUUUUUCCCGAUCAUGUGGAAUGGAUUGAAAAGUCUGCAUUGAAGAGUAGAACACAUGUUAUGGUGUGGCAUAAAUGGACCGAAGCCCAGAGCAUAAUGGGUUGGAUUAAUAUCUCAUCCAUUAACUUCUAAGAAAAAGGAAAAAGGAAAAAAGAAAAAGAAAAGGAAAAGCCUCUUAAAUACGUUUACAGUAAAGCUCCGGCAAACUUAGUGGCGCCGUCGUGUACGGAGGCUAGGGUUUUAGCAAAGGGUUAGAUUUGGGAAGAAUUCUAGGGUUUAAGGUCAGAAGAGAAAGAGUAGAAAGAUGUUGUACAUUAUAGGAUUAGGAUUGGGAGACGAAAAGGACAUCACUCUCAGAGGCUUAGAAUGUGUGAGAAAAUGCGAAAAGGUUUACAUGGAAGCUUACACUUCUCUUUUAUCCUUUGGCCUUGCUUCCGACGGUAUUUCUUCUCUGGAGAAGCUCUACGGAAAAACUAUUACAGUUGCAGAUCGGGAAAUGGUGGAGGAGAAGGCCGACCAGAUACUCUCCGAAGCUCGUACAUCUGAUGUUGCUUUUCUCGUUGUUGGCGACGCUUUCGGAGCUACGACCCACUCCGAUCUGGUAGUUCGAGCAAAGAGUUUGGGGAUUGAAGUCAGAGUGGUGUACAAUGCAUCUGUGAUGAAUGCUAUUGGAAUUUGUGGAUUGCAAUUAUAUCGCUAUGGGGAGACCGUUUCAAUACCCUUUUUUACUGAAACGUGGAAACCGAGUAGCUUCUAUGAGAAGAUUCAGAAAAACCGUGGACUUGGUUUGCACACACUCUGCUUGUUAGAUAUACGAGUAAAGGAACCGUCUUUGGAGUCUUUGUGUAGGGGAAAGAAAGAGUACGAACCGCCUAGAUUUAUGUCUAUAAACACAGCAAUUGAGCAGCUUUUGGAGGUUGAGCAAAUGGAAGGACAAUCUGUAUACAAUGAAGAUACGCUGUGUGUGGCAUUUGCUCGUCUCGGAAGCGAAGAUCAGAUGAUUACUGCAGGCACCAUGAAGCAGUUGAGAAGUAUUGAUUUUGGGCCACCGCUACAUUGUCUUGUGAUCGUCGGAAAGACCCAUCCUGUUGAAGAAGAAAUGUUGGACUUUUAUAAAUCUGGAAAUGAGAACCUUGAACAGAAUGUCGUCGACAGAACCACAUAAUUAUCCUUCAAAUUCAGGUUAAUACCUCAUUCAGAGUCCUGUUGUACCAUUACUUUUGAAAACUUGCCAAUUAAGUUUAUUUAUAUUUUGAAA